AUGGUCGCCAGAUGGCAUUUCCCCCAAAUACCCACACUGCGUCUACCCCGAUCGACGACAAUGCCCGCGAACCUCUUCCAGAUGUUCUACACGCCAGUCUUUGCGCCAUGGCGCUGGGACCGGGAACACCUAACGCCGAAUGAUAUCUUGUACCCGAAGCUGAUGGAUAGCUACCAGAACAUGCCCAAAGAUAUUCUCCGGUGGCAUGUUGUCGCCAAUACCGCGGUCAAGGAAGUUCCCAAGGCUGUCAUGAGGGAGCGGCUACGCAGGAGACUACGAGAGGCUUUUCGAGACGCCUUGAAGCAGCUGGGGUAUGACUGGCACGGAAGAGUCUUGCAGCCAGGGCAAGCGACGGGGCAGCCGUUGAAUGAUCUGAAAGGCACGUGGGAGAUCCAUUGCCGGGGCCGUGCUGGGCUGGAUUGCGAGUUUCUUGAGCUUGUCAACUAUGCGAAGAGCGCUGUCUCUGCUGUGGACAAGUCGUGCAAACAGCACGCUGGCAUAGUUCGAAAGGUUGGCAGGGAAGCUCAAUGGUGGGAGGGCGUCAGUGCAUAG